AUGGCGUUUAUAGCAUAUGCGUUAUUAGAUGAAAUAGAAGACCAUGAGCGUACUAGGGCUUUUACUCUCCAUAAAUCUGUUUUAAGAGACAAAUGUAAUCCGUUUGACUUAAGUGACUUUAAUUUUAAAAAACUAUAUAGGCUUACCAAAAACGACGUUUCAAUGUUAAUUGAGCACCUUAGGCCAAACCUAACUAAAAUUAGGAAAAAUGGUUUAAGUGUUGAAGUUCAAGUAUUUGUCACGAUCCAGUUUUUAGCAACCGGUGCAUAUCAGAGGGGAAUAGGUAAUGAUUCUUUGUACCCGGUUAGUCAGCCGAGUGUAAGUAGGUGCAUUACCAAAGUAACUGCUGAAAUAGUCAGAAUCUUUGCCGCAGACCAAAUACGCUUCCCCCGAAAUCGAGUUGAGAGGGAAAAAAUAUCGAAUGAAUUUGAACAGUUAAGCCGCUACCCUGGAAUUUUAGGGUGUAUCGAUUGCACACAAAUUGCAAUUGUAACCCCUACGGAGCGUGAAGAGGCAUACAAAAAUUUUAAAGGCUUCUAUUCGUUAAAUGUGCAGAUGGUAUGUGAUGCAAAUUUGCGUAUCACUAAUGUGUAUGCUGAUUUCCCUGGUAGUGUCCACGACCAAUUUAUUUUUGGAACAAGUGCAGUUAAACGAGAAAUGGAUAGGCUACAUGCAAAUAACAUUGGUCAGUUUUACCUUCUCGGGGAUUCAGGAUAUACGCCUCAAUCAUACAUGCUAACGCCCGUGUUAAACGCUCCAGAAAAUACACCAGAGUACCGUUACACUCAAAACCACUGUUUUGUUCGUAAUACAGUUGAAAGGGUUUUUGGUGUAUUAAAAUGUAGAUGGAGAUGUCUGCGUAAAGAUCGCGUUCUUCACUAUCAACCAAUACAGGCAGCUACAAUCAUAAAGACUUGUGCUAUACUACAUAAUAUUUCUAUGAAUAAUUUAGAAUACAGAAAUGAGAACAUGGCACUAAAUAAUAAUGUAAUUGAACCCAACAAUAUUGAAGGAGACAUACAAGGAAAUAUUAAUGGUAGAAGAAUGAGGGAUCAAAUAAUUCAACAAUAUUUUCAAAUUUAA